AAGGAAAAAAAACCCCAUAAUGAGAAGCGGCAGCAACGGAAAAGUAUCACACCUGGUAAGAGAGCAAAAUUUACAACUGACAAAAGGGUGACUGCACGCACACAUUCUCGCAAUUCAUCCCACGGGGGAUUUCUUUUUUUUAAAAAAAAGCAGCGACAAUGAAGGAAUAUACCAAUGAACACAAUGACGACAAAGGCGAAGUGGCAAAAUGCGAAAGCGAGUACAGCGCGCUGCUGGAGUGUUUGGACACCUUCGAUAGGAAUUGGGCAAAAUGCCAAAGCGAAUUGAAGACAUUCCGCGCGUGCUACAGUGAGGAGAGCGGACAGAGGAGCGGGUCAAGCAGUUAGGCGAAGACUCUGCAGGGAGGCCGUUUCUGGCGUCGGUGCGUCUGUCCGCCAUUCGUUCGUUUCAGCGUUGCGGCGUUGCAGUGUUGCGGUGUUGUGGCGUUACUGCGUUUCGCCAUUCCGUCGUCCUUCAUCCCUUCAUUCCUUCGUUCGUCCUUUUUCCAUUCCAUUUUCUCGUUACACCCGAUUUGCUACAUGUGCACACACGCGUAUGUCAAAUGGUCAUCGCUGGGGAAGGACUCCUUUUUUCCGCGUGGAGGGGGGAAACUUCCACCAGCCAACUCUGUUACCACUGAAUGGGUGAUUGGAUAAUUGCUAACAAUUUGUUGCUCUCUUUUUUUUUUUUCCUUUUCCUUUUAAAAAUUGUAACAUUUUUUUUUUUUUUAAUUUCCACUUGCACUGUGUGUGUGCUGGCACAGUUGUC